AUGUCCUUCACAGAUUCAUCUCGGUGCAGUUCAAACACGUCGAUUGCUAUCGUUGGAAUAUCGGCGGAAUUUCCUAGUGGUACUCACUCCCAGGAAAAUCUGUCUCACAAGACAUUUUUCGAUUUUCUUCUCAGAGGGAUGGAAGCGUACGAGCCCAUCCCUCCCUCUUAUUUUGACAGCUCUCGUAACCCAGGACAAUUGACGACCACCAUCGGCGCGUUCUUGAAAGAUGUCCUUGCGUUUGACCAUCUCGAGUUCGGCAUCAGCAAUCGGGAUGCUCACGGAAUGUCUCUCAGCACCCGGAAACUUCUUGAGUCGAGUUUCCUCGCCUUGCUCGACUCCGGAAUCCAUUACCGAGGUCAGAACGUGGCGUGUUAUACAGCUUCAAUUAUGGACACUGCAAUCGAUCCGACCAAUAUGACGACACGUGGGUCAUUGGCGGGCUAUCCUUAUAUGACGGCAAACAAAGUCUCUUAUCACCUCGACCUCCGUGGGCCCUCAAUCCCUUCCACCACAGCAUGCAGUGCGUCAGCUACGGCUCUACAUCUCGCUGUCCAAGCCAUAAGGGCAGGCGACUGCGACGCUGCAGUUGUGGCAGCAUGCCAGCUCAACUUCGGCCUCGAGGAUUGGCUCCAAUACAGCGACGCUAAAAUUUUGUCACCUGAUGGGAAAUGCAAGCCCUUCAGUCAAUUUGCGGACGGGUUCGGAAGAGGAGAAGGGGUCGCAUCAAUUGUCUUGAAGUCACUAGAGCGUGCACAGAAAGACGGGGACAAGAUUCAUGGCGUGAUAAUCGGUACUGGUCUCAACUCAGCCGGAUCUCUUGCACCGGUAAGCGCACCAGUCGCCGAGGCGCAAGCGGACGCAAUGAGACGUGCGUUCCAAGGUACUGGGUACGUACCUAUGGAAGUUGACUACAUUGAGGCCCACGCAACAGGGACAUCCGCCGGAGAUCCAACAGAGGCCAACUGGAUUGGUAAAAAUUUCGAGCGUUCCAAUUCUCUUAUUCGAGUUGGUAGUGUCAAGGGAAAUGUCGGACACCUUGAGGCUGUUUCUUUCUUUGCCUCGAUUUCCAAGGCUUGUUCGAUAUUCAGCACUGGACUUAUCCCUCCGACCGUCAAUGUCACCCAAACUACGAGAAACCCGAAGAUUCGUUGGGAUGAACAUCGAUUACACGUAGUGACAGAGACUACAAAUCUCAAGGAACUGGAAGAUUCAAAACGUGCCUUGAUUGCGAUAGCAGGGUCUGGCAUUGGAGGUGUAAACGGCCAUUGCCUGUUGGAGGAACCACCCACGGCCACCUUGACUUCCCGAGGAUAUUAUAAUGGAACCCCCUGCCUGUUGGUGGGGGGAGGACUUUCACUUCGCUCGGCAACGGCUGUAUGCGAGUCGCUGCAGGAGUCGUUGGGCUCAGUGGCAGCACUUGCUCGGACGUACGGGAGGCGCUCACGAUCUAUGACAUGGAAAAGUUAUGCGAUACACCACCCUAAAGGUGGUCUUUCUCGCUUUGCAUCUCCCACACUAGCGCCUCGGUCGCCUCCCCCCCUCGUCUUUGUUUUCUCUGGUCAAGGUGCUCAACAUCUCCUAAUGGGAAAACAGCUGUUCAAGGAUUUCCCUUUCUUUCAGCAGAACAUUCUUGAACUCGAUGAUGUGUAUCGUUCCGUGAUGGGACAUUCGUUGGUCCAGCGUUACGGACUGUUUGCAGAUGCCCCAGCUGAAUCGACACUACCCGAGAUGUGGCCCAUUAUGGCUAUUCUCCCCUCGCUCGCGAUGAUCCAAAUCGCGGUUCUCAAUCUCCUUCGUCAUCUCGGUGUUUCGCCGGAUGUUGUAGUGGGUCACUCUGCUGGCGAAGUUGUGACCUUUUACGCCAGUGGCUCGAUGACUCAGGAAGCUGCCCUUAAGCUUGCGAUAGCGAGAGCUGUCGCUUUGUCAUACACUGAGGACUCGGGUGAAGAUGCUGGAAUGGUGGCGCUUGGUUGCGGUGCACCACUCGCGUUGGAGAUCAUCAAAGAAAUCAUCGAUGAUUUGCCCAACGACUCCCAACAGGUUUUGGACCUUGCGUGCGAGAACUCCCCAAGCGCGGUAACCCUUUCCGGACAUUCAGCACUCCUGGACCGGGUCCUCGAAGUCGCUUCCAUUCGCCAGCUCUUCGCCAGGAAGCUUCGUACGCGCGUUGCAGUGCAUUCGGCUAUCAUGGAGUUUUGUCGAGAACAAUACCACGAACUAGUUUCAGAUGCGAUCUCAGCCUCGGUCAUCUCAAAGCCCCGUGUCGAGGCUUAUUCGACUGUGACCGGGAAAAUAAAAACAGAUGCACCCACAAAUCAGUACAUGUGGGACAACACUCGGCUACCAGUACAAUUUGCUUCCGCCAUUGGACUGAUACACGAAAAACACCCAAAUGCCGUUUACGUCGAGAUCUCACCCCAUCCAGCCCUCACUUCAUACGUCGAAUCAAUGACAGGACGGCCUGUUGUUUGUCCCUUGCGCCGACCAGGGAAGAAUGAAACAUACCGUGAUGACGAGUCGUAUGUUCUGCUCGAUUGCCUUGGCAGGCUCGCCAUCCAAGGAGUAGCGACGAUCGACUUUACCCGCCUGAGUCCUGAGAACACUCAAGACGAUUCAUCCAUUCCGACCUAUCCUUUCUCUCGUAAACAUAUUCCUCUCCUAAAAGGAAACUCGGAAGAUCAUGCGGUCAAAACACGUUAUGGUCCACUCAACUACAGCAAUAUGAAGCUAAGCAUUACGGAUCACGCACAAUUGGCAGAGCAUGUCAUCCGUGAAGAGGCUAUUCUACCCGCCACUGGCUAUCUAGAAAUGGCAUUUGAACGGGGUGCUCGACUUCUCUGGGACGUUCGAUUCGACGCUGCUCUACCCAUUCUGCAGCAACCCACGUCAUCUGUCCAUUUCCAGCUCGAAGGAACACAUUGGACAGUGGAGAGUAUCCGGUCGCAGGAUCGUUCCUCGCCAGUGACUCCAAGUGACGGAAAGAAUACCAACACUCGGAAGCACGCGAUCGGCCACCUCUCUUGCUCCAGUCAACAACAGUGCGACCCCCCGCUGGAUAUCCCGACCAUAAGGGAUAGAUGCAAGUCAUUAGACACUGAUAUCUACUAUACAAUGAAGUACUUCGCCCAGUUCGGUCCCUCAUACCGGCGCAUAGAAAAACUCUACAUGGGUGAGGAUGAGGGAUUGAUUCUCGUUCGGGGUGGCGAUAGCUCCUUGAGUUCGGCGGGGUAUAUUGUGCACCCGAUCCUACUGGAUGCAUGCCUUCACGGAGCAGUAAACCCGAUUUUCACUCAAAACACCGACAGCAAUUCCUAUUAUCUGCCAUCGAGUUUGAAGAUGGUCCGUGUAUAUCGUUCCUCUCUUCAUCAACAAGAGCAUCUCUGGUCGCACAUCAAACUCAAAGAAUGGAAGUACAACGAGCUCGUGUAUGACAUUAAUAUUGUGGAUGGAGAAGGGCAGCGACUGGUAGAAUUACAGGGCUUGGUGGUCAGCCGGCAUGAAAUCACUCCAGCCCUGUCUAGGAGACCACAUCUCGAUCUCGCUUACCAACGAUUUGACCUUCCCACCCUCCCAAGCUCUGACGUGGCAGUAGACUCCUCUCAAACUCAACUGCCACUGGGAACUGCGAUAGGUCGCGUCUUGGAUAGUAUUUCGCGAUUGGGACAAAAACGGGUUGUCCGGGUCCUUUCACUCGGUUCUAGUGCGAUUCUUGAUGAUGCGGAAUCCAUCAUGAGUUCCAGCCCCGACAGGUUUCUAGAAUGUUAUUUCGACAGACCUCACAGGUAUAGUUCAUCGGCCAAACGUAACCUCAUGGUUCGAGUCGCGGCUUCACCAGAAACACUAUCCACUCUCUUCGAUCUCAUUGUUGUGGAGGAUACCAGUUACACCCUUUCGGUCAUCUCAGCCAUGUUAGUCCCAGGGGGAAAGGCACUCAUAAAGAGGAGAACCGACGCGUACGCCGAAGAUCUCCAGAGAGAAAACAAAACUCCCCUUCGCCUCCAAGCCGUUCAAUCAGCCACAGACACCGUUUUGAUCGAGGCGCAGAAGUCAACACUCUCCACGCUUAACCGGUCCUCCACAAAUUCUGAUAUGCCGGUAAUUACCUUUGAGUUGGGACGAGAGUUGGACAUCAGGGACCAGAUCCUUCUUCAGGAGGCGUCUACUGUCCCCAUCUGGAUCCAAGCACAAGAUGAUAUCCACGGAGGUGCCGCACGCGGUUUCUGCCGUUCACUUUCCCGAGAAUUGUCUGUCGAUGUUCGCCUUGCCGUUUUUCAAGGUGAAUGGUCUGUGAAUCGACGAUUGCAAUUCAUAAAUACUCUCUCCUCGCUACCUGGACUGGACGACGAGGUGGAUGUCCUAGUCGAUCCUAAUGGGAUCCUCUAUGUCCCUCGAUUUGUUCCGGCAAGCCUAGCAACUCCACUUGAUCAGAGGGAAACACCUGAAUAUUGGGUGAAGGGAUCGAACGAGGAGAUAAUCGAACAGUUGCCACCUCCCUUGGAAUCAGAAGACUUAGUCCUCCUCCAUAUCUCGACAAUCUCGACACACUCUGCGGGAGGUAUGGUCUCUGUACUCGGAGAGGUGGCAAGUCUUGGUACUUUGGGUCUCCCUAAAGGAACGCCUGUCAUCGCUGUUUGUUCAUCACCAAUAUCGAACUUUACUGUUAUCCAUGCAGGACAGGUGUUCCCUAAACCUUGCGUGGAUGCCGACGACAGUGUUAAUGGCCUACUUCCCCUUCUUGUCGCCGGGCUCGGGCUUGGGAUGUGGACCUUCACAAACCGGAAUGGGCAUGAGCCAACCGUCCGAAUAUCGGUGAUAGCCUCUCGCAGUGACUCCUUUGCUCGGUCAUUGGUGUCCGUCUUACAAGGUCACGGAUAUUCCGUGUCUUUACUUUCGACCCACGAGAUCCUAUUCGGGGAACUCCAGUUAUUGAGAUCUUCGCGUUACGUGUUUUGCGAGUCAAUUCCGACAGUAUGGGCACAGACAUUGGACGGCCUCAGUACCUGUGCGUCCAUAUAUCAGUGGGGUAAGGAUCUCAAUCAAAGCAUGAUGAGGGAUCCGUGGUUAGUUCGCGAUACACUUUCACAAGUCCUACCUCUAUUAACGCCGCCCAUUCCACCUCUCGAGCCGGCCCUUCGUAUGCAAGAUGUACUAGCUGCUUCACGUAGUACGAGGAAGCUCCUGUUCGAUCCACACAAAAAGUAUCUGCUUAUCGGAGGAAUCGGAUCAUUGGGACUUCACAUCACCCUCUGGAUGUACGAGAACGGCGCGAGGAAUAUUAUUUUGACCAGUCGUUCUGGGGAAAGCACUUUGAUGAAGAAAAAGGACAAUCUGGCCAUUCGGAUACUCUCUUACCUCAAAACACUGGACGGCCUCUCAAUGCGCUUGGGAGCUUGCGAUGCUACCUCGCAGGAUGACAUGCAGAACCUGAUCAACUCCGCCGGGCCGGCAAGUUCUAUUGGCGGAUGUAUCAUGCUUUCAGUUGUACUCUGCGAUAGGUUGUAUCGUUUACAUGACAAAGAGAGCUAUCAACGGGCGGUUGAUCCCAAGGUUCGCGCUUUCGAGGUUCUGCGGAAGUGCAUGGACGUGGACAAGUUAGAUUUCCUGGUGUCUUUUUCUUCGAGCGCCACCUUUGGUUGCGCUGGCCAGACGAAUUAUUCUAGUGGCAAUACCGCGGUGGACUCGCAAACCCGAUCACUUUGCAAUGCCUUGACACUCGUCGCACCUCCGGUGGUCGAUACUAUCACUAUGACCAAUACCGAACAACUUGAGUCAGACGCUCGAUUGUCAUAUAUAAUGCCCUGGGCUCUGAGUGCCAGACAGAUCUGUGCGGCCCUUGGAGAUGGUCUAAAUCAACUCAAGCUCGGCACACCGGUUUGGCAGAUGAUUCCUGAACUGGACUGGGGAGCAGUGUCUACAUCACUUGGCCCAUCGUCGCUCUACGCACAUAUGACUCCGCCCGAGCCAUCAGACGAUAACACUUCCUCUACCCAGAACUUGACCGAAGAAGAACUCGCCAGUCUUAUUUGCGAGCAUUUGGAGCUACCCCGCAAGGAUUUGGAUCUUGAAGUUCCGCUGACUUCAUACGGUUUGGAUUCUCUGUCUGCUGGCAGGCUGUCAAUCACAUUGAAGCCUUACGGUACGCUCACUCAAGUCCAAUUGCUCGCCGACCUCAGCACCACCGGUAUCAUUAAGCGAUUGAAGGAAAGUCCCGUCGGUAUGAAAUCUACGAAAAUGCCCAAUGGCACGGCCGAUGCUAAUGUCAAGGACAAGAUUAAGCUCAUGCACGACCUUGCGACUGAAUAUUCCUCCGACUUCUCCAGACCAGACUCCAAACGAGAGGGCCAAAGCCAACGAGUGGUAUUACUGACUGCAAGUACCGGAUACCUGGGGUCUUAUAUGUUGAUGAACUUGGUCCGCGAUCCUACGGUCACGCACAUCUACACACUGAACCGUCGAGGGAACACCAGCCCUGAGUCUCGACAGAGACGCGUCCUUUCUGAUUGUGGCCUGAACCCUUCAGAAGUGUUCGACUCUCAGAAAGUUACUUGGCUCAAAGGCGACCUUACACAGCCCCAUCUUGGCCUCGAGAAGGAUAUUUUUGCGGAGAUGAAAAGUCGGGUGACCGAUGUGGUCCAUCUCGCCUGGCGGGUUAAUUUCAAUCUAGAGCUUUCUCUAUUCACAUCGAGUCUUCGCGGACUCCGAAACCUGCUUGAUUUGGCUAUUGACAACAGCGCUCACUUCAUGUUUGCUAGCAGCCUUGCCGUUUUUGCCAAUGGUCCCAAAGGAGUCAUAACGGGAGUGGAGCGCGUUGACGCGGAAAUGGCCGUACGGAUAGGUUACAGCGAAUCAAAAUGGGUUGGCGAAGAGAUUAUAUUUGCUGCGUCCGAAGCAACAGGACUCCAAUCCACGGUUGUCCGUGUUGGACAAUUGUGUGGUGCAAGUUCUUCCGGAACUUGGAAUGUUAAAGAGUGGUUCCCGACAAUGGUGCAGGUAUCUUCGGUCAUGAAGGUUCUCCCCGACGACGCGAGACAAGUUUCUUGGUUACCAAUCGACGUAGCGGCGCAGGCCAUGGUCGAUAUACUACGACGUCGAGCCGAUUCGUCCCCGCCCUCGCCUACAUCUAUUGAAGCCCUUGCACAUCCUUGUCUGAUUCCAUGGCAAGCGAUAGCCACGGUGCUUGCCGAUGAGUUGGGCGCCACGAUAAUCCCGUAUCCAGAAUGGUUCAAGCGUGUCGAAGAGUUGUUAGGUACCCUGGACUUUGAGGACCUCAAUGCCAAGCGUCUGCUUCCCUACUUCCGUGGUGUUGAUUCCUUUGGAGACCGUGAACAUGGCAAUAGGGAUGCGUUUGGCUUAGCCCAAAUGUUGGUCUCGCCUCCGACGGGGUCGACGCUGGCAAACUUGCUGCCAUUAACAGAGAGGGAAGUUCAGUCAUGGGUAACAUACUGGAGAGGUGUUAAGUUCCUACGGUGA